ACGGUUUUGCAAUUCCGCUAAAGGUGGGGAAUGGUUUUUGUAGUUCUUCCAUUUUAUCGGUGCUUUAAAAACAAGGGUUUCAGACGUUUCGCCGAUCAAGAGCAGUCCAUGGCGUCGCCGGCUCAAGACGACGGUGGUGACGCUGUGCCGGUAGUUCUCACAUGCAUUGAUCGUCAUGAGCUGGUUGAGUAUAAUCCUACUCAAGAUAACGACGAGGUUGUGAUAUCAACAACGGAUGUUCACAGUUGGAACAUUCCGUCAAUUCUCCAACACAGAAUCAUUAAAGUUAAAGCUCACAGAAACAGGCUCACUGAAUAUUCUUCUUAUUUCCGUGGACUCCUUGGAGGAAACUUCAGUGAUCCAGACCUUGAAGUCUUAGUUCAGUGGAACCAGCCAACAUUUUUGAGUCUCCUGGCUUCAUUGUUUGGUUCUCCAGUGGAUGUUACCUCAGAAAAUUUUCUUUCUCUAUUUGAGGGUGCACUUUAUUUUGGUAUGGAGAUGAUUCUCUCAAAAUGUAAGAUGUGGUUGACUAAGGCAAUGUCAGUAAACAGAGCACCCUUGGUACAAGUUAAUGAUCUUAUCGGUAUCUGGGAAUUUGGUUCUGAAAUCGUGAACAACUAUCUUCCCGAACUAUGUACAAGUUACCUUGCAAAGAACUUUAUUUGGGCAAUGUCCUGCAGUUCUUUUGGUGAUGUUCCCCAGGAUUUGUUGCUUUCUAGUAUACAACAUCCUCAUUUGACUGUUGAUAGUGAAGAACAUCUUUGUGGUGCACUUCUGGCUUGGAUUGCUGCUAACAAAGAACGAUGUACUGAAGAUGUUUCUAUCGACCUUUUGAAGCAGAUCCGUAUUAGCCUUUUGCCGCUGUGGUUUGUUGCUGGGAAAAGCACCUAUCAGUCCUUAUCCAUGUGUUCUAAUGCAAGCUCCUGCAGAUCCAUUACCAUCCUGAAACAACCUUCUACAUAUUAUAUGGAUGCGCUAAGAGAUGGUGACUUGCAUAAUCUUAGAAUCCGUUUGACAGAGUUCACUCAGCGAAUGGAUCUUUCAGGUUGUCCACAGAUAAAACCAGCAAUUAUUCUCUUGUCCGUGCUUCCUUGUCCCCUUAGCUUGGAACCCCUGUUGAGGAAAAAAAUCAAGCAAUUAGUUAUCAAUCAUGAAUUGCUUAAUGGAAAUGCUUUUAAAAUUUCAUGGGAAAUGUGGCCAAACUUGAUCUUUGAAGCAGUGCAGGAGAUAGAUAUCUCCAAUUGUCCCAUGCUACCUCUUGAGGUGGCUGUUGAGUGCUUUAGCAUGUCGUUUCCAUCCUUGAGAACGUUGAAGGCGGCUAAUCAUCUAAGCUUCAGUACAACAAAAGUGUUGCAGCUGGUGAAGAGAUGUCCAUUACUUUGUGAUAUUGACUUAACUGUGGAUGUCAGUCCAGUGAUACCAACACGAAUGUCAAUUUUAUCCUCAUUUCCUGCUACCCAAACAUCUUCCGCGUCGUUUGAUUUAACUGGUUCUCCUUUGCCUGGUUCACGGUCUUAUAUGUCUAGACCAUUGCUAUCCAAUAUUACAAAGCUCACUCUGGAGGGGCGUAUUGAUGUCUGCGAUUUUGACCUCCAGACUAUAUCUAAUAUCUGUGUUUCCUUAACUUACCUAAGCCUUAAAGGUUGUACUUCGCUGAGUGAUGUUGGCAUGUCUGCUCUUAUAUGCAAAUGUUUGAAGCUAAACUCCAUUGUGGCAUGUGACACCUUUUUUGGUCAACAAUCAAUUUUGGCUCUUUUCUCUUUAAAUAAUUGUUAUGAUCGUGUUGCUGCAAAACAUAGUGAAAAGAAUAUUCUCCCGGCUUGUAAUCUACAAAUGCUGCAUAUGGGUGGCUGCAAAGGCAUCAACAUGACCACUUUUUCUGAGCUUAUGUUUCAAGCAUACAUGUUGAAGAGUCUUUGUUUGAGGGAAACCCAAGUGCUUGAUGAUGGCCUAUUUAGUUUCUUUGGUUCUUCAUUAGAGGUGCUUGAUGUCUCUAAUACCAAGGUUUCUGCUGCUGCAGUGGCUCAUGUUAUUGGCAGAAAUCCUGGGUUGCGAUGUUUAAAGGCUAGAGGAUGUGAAAGUUUGCUACAGCAGGAAAUCAAAAUUAAAGGCAGAGAAUAUUCAAACAAAAUUUUUCCCUUUGAGCUCGGGAAGUUCUGCAAAUUGGAUGAAAUUAGUGUUGGGUGGGGGUUUUCAUACAUCUCUCUCGAGGCUUUGAAGCCUGCAGUUUCAUGUCUCAAAGCAAUAGAAGUGGGCUUGGGUGGAAUGUUAGGCCAGGAUGGGCUGAAACGGCUACCUGCAGUUUGUCCUUCACUGGAGUCUGUAGUUCUGUAUUUUCAGGUGAUUUCUGAUCAUCUCAUAGUAAAUCUGCUGGAAUCCCUAACACACCUCAAAUCAUUUGCUCUGUGCCACUGUCUUGGUGAGACAUCUUCAUUGAGUUUUAAAGUCAGCAUGCCAAAUUUGAGAAAGUUGAGACUUGAAAGGGUAGCACCAUGGAUGAGCAAUGCUGAUUUGGUUAGCCUGAGUCGGAAUUGUGCAAACUUGAUUGAGCUGUCAUUGCUGGGAUGCAGACUUCUGAAUUCAGAAUCACAAAAAAUCAUUUCAAGUUGUUGGCCAGGCUUAAUCUCUAUCCAUCUUGAGGAAUGUGGAGAUGUGACCAGUGACGGCGUUGUGUCCCUUUUCGAUUGCCAUGCCAUUGAAGAUAUCUUGUUGCGCCACAAUGGUUCUGGAAUUCAGAAAGAUUUUAUUGGUAAUGCUGUGAAGAAGCUGCCAAUGCUUCGGAAAAUAUCCCUUGAUAUAUGUGAUGCCAAGGACAAAGACUUUGACAUUCCAGAGUUGGAUGAUAGGCACUUCUUAAGCCAUGUGAAGAUAGCAAGAUGUAAAUCUCAGGGAUGCAAUUUCAAUCUUCAACAUGUGCGGGCUUCCAGGUCGCCAGUACAUACGGAAACCUUGGUUCUUGUGUGGGAUAGCAAACAGUUGACCCGGACUAUCAUCAAGGAACGAGUCUAGCAUUUCCGAGAAGAAGUUGACAUUUCUCGAUCGACCUGAACCCAGAGUUUGUUAUUGAUACGAGACACUCCAAAUGUAAUGUUUGUAUGUGAUAGGUUAAUGAUGUUGUAUACUCCCAUAUUGUACGUAGAUGACUUGUAUUUGACAGGAUAUGUCAUCCCAAAAUGAUGUUAUUACAAGAAAGAAAGAAUAAGAGCAUCCACAGUGGCGGCUCCUACAAA